AUGAGAGUCGCGGUGACUGGAGCGCAUGGAUCAGUCGGCCAGGAGGUCGUCAAGCUUGCCGCAAAGCACAACUGGGACAUCAUUGAAAUAGAUCGCACGGAGCGGGACGCCAAUGACCAUCCGUUCAAUGAGAAACGAACCGCCGAUAUCUCCGGAAGCUACGAAGAGACAGUGAAGGCGUUCAAAGGUGCCGACGCAGUCAUCCACCUUGCUGCGAUUCCAAAUCCGGUGGACAAGGAAGACUCUCUGGUGCACAGCAGUAACGUCAAUGCCGCCUUUAAUGGAUUCCGUGCCGCUGCAGAACUAGGCAUCAAACGGAUCUGCUACGCCUCAUCUGUGAAUGCCAUCGGACUCGCAUUCUCCAACCAGCCGAAUGAGUUUGACUACUUCCCGAUUGACGAAGACUAUGCCCAGAGGCCAACAGACUCGUAUGCUCUGGCCAAGCAAGAAGCCGAGACGCAGGCGAGGGCCUUCGUCCGCUGGUUCCCGUUCGUGAAGAUCGCUUGCUUGCGCAUACAUCAGGUCGCGCCGCGGCAGAAAGUGCAGGAUGAGCACCAAAAGGAUCCGGAGACUGCCCUGAAACAGCUUUGGGGCUGGGUCAGUCCGGAGGCAACAGCCAGAGCUUGCAUGCAGGCUGUCGAGAACGCAGACAAUUUUGAAGGAGCCGAAAUCUUCAACAUCGUCGCUCCCACGACAACACAGUCGGUUUCCUCAUCGGAGCUGGCGAGGGAACAUUAUCCGAAGGCAGAGAUUCGAGCCGGGAUGGAAGGAAACAAUGCGUUCUGGACGACCAUGAAGGCACGUGAAAUCCUCAAAUGGGAGCAUCGUGAGGAAGAAUAG